AUGGGACGCCGUGCAAAGAACAAGCAACCCGCACCCCAGCCUCUACCGGAGAUUCGGGAUCCACCGAAGAAGGCUAAUGCCAGUGAUUUUUCUUCCAAGUCGCAGAAAGAAGACGCUGCUCAUGCGAAAGCAAUAGCAACGAAGAGCAAGCACCUGCCUCUAAAGGGGAAGAGUACACCCAUACUCAAGGUCAGCCAUAAGAGUCAAGACCGCAACCCUACAAAGAAGUAUAAAACUUCACAUAACUCCAAGGAUGACAUUGUUUCAAAACACAAGAAGAAACUAGAUAUGAGUGAGGAUGAGGAGGAAGAGGGACUUGAUGAUGACGAGGCUUACGAGAACUUUGAAGGCGAUAAUGAUCAUGCCGAGGCCGUUGCAGACGAUAAUCAAGAUGUUGAAGGUAUUAAAAAGUAUGGUAUGGAGUCUUCUGAUGAAGAAACUGGUGAACCUUCACAAUCAUUGUCUGAAGCUAGCAUUCUCGCAUCGCUAGGCUUGCCUAAGGAUGGAAAGUUAAGUGCACGUCAGAAGAAAAAGGCACUUGCUGAAGCUGAGCGCCUUGAGCUUCUUCUGAAAAGCCAUGGAUAUUCUCUUGAUGAUGAGGGGCAAGAUCCCGGCGACGCCAAUGAUCAGGAUGAAUCUGGUGAUGAACAACUUGAUGAUUUACCAGAGGAAGAUGAAGAAGGCGAUAUCGAGUUGGAUGACCAAUUUGAUGGUACUGAAGGGGACCUGCAGGAUGAAUUUACUGGAGAUGAAGACGAGGAGGAACUAGAUGAUGUGCCUGAGGAGGAUGAAGACCUCACCUUCGAUAAUGAUAAGGAGGAGGAAGAUGAGCGUGAAGAUGAAUCAGCUGAGGUUGGGCUAACUUCAGAUGGAGACGGCGAAAACACGAGUGGCUUUCUCCUUCCUACUCUGGAAGAAGAGGAGCAGGAGCAGCGAGCUCCAUUAGACCUCCAGUUCGUCCAGAUGAGGAUUCAGGAGGUGGUUUCGAUUCUAGGAAACCUCGCCCACUUAGGAGAGCCUGGACGCUCGCGCGCUGACUAUAUGGAUCGUCUUGCGAAGGACGUGCAGACAUACUAUGGCUAUAAUGAAUUUUUGACCAAUAUGUUUUUGGAACUAUUUUCGCCGGAGGAAGCCAUUGCUUUCUUCGAAGCGAAUGAAGUGCCUCGACCUGUGACAAUCCGUGCCAAUACUCUUCGUACACGUCGUCGAGACCUUGCCCAGAAACUGAUCAAUCGUGGAGUAAGUUUAGAACCUGUCGGUGCUUGGAGCAAAGUGGGACUGCAGGUCUUUGAGAGCUCGGUGCCAAUUGGUGCUACACCGGAGUAUCUGGUGGGUGACUACAUGUUGCAAGCUGUAUCUUCCUUUUUGCCUUGUAUUGCGUUGGCUCCGCAGCCUAAUGAACGCGUAUUGGAUAUGGCUAGCGCCCCGGGCGGUAAGGUCACUUACCUUUCCGCCUUAAUGCAGAACACUGGGUGUAUAUUUGCCAAUGACAGCAACAAGGCACGCAUCAAGAGUCUUACUGCCAACAUUCAUCGUAUGGGGUGCCGAAAUGUGGUCGUAUGCAACUACGACGGUCGCCAAUUCCCCAAGGUGAUAGGUGGGUUCGACCGCGUCAUGCUCGAUUCUCCCUGCUCGGGUACAGGUGUCGUAAGUAAGGAUCCCAGCGUGAAAACAAACAAGUCAAAGCGCGACUUUAUAUUGCUUUCUCAGCUACAAAAACAGCUUAUUUUAUGUGCUAUUGACAGUGUCAACCCUAAGUCGGAGACGGGUGGCUAUGUCGUGUACAGUACUUGCUCGGUAACCGUCGAAGAGAACGAGGAAGUCGUGGAAUACGCACUGCGAAAACGACCAAAUGUGCGUAUCGUUCCUACUGGCAUCGACUUUGGCCGCGACGGAUUCAAGACGUUCCGUGGCAAGAAGUUUGACGAGCUCAUGCCACUUUGCCGUCGCAUCUUCCCCCAUGUCCACAAUAUGGAUGGCUUUUUCGUGUGCAAAUUGAAGGUAGAGCCUAUCAACAAGGGUGAGAAACGUCGUCAAGAGGCAGAAGCGGUGGAAAUUGAUAAAGCAGCGGAGCAAUCAGCGCACGCUUCGUCAACAUUGUCUUCUAAGGACACAAACAGAAUGGAAGAUGAGACGUCAUUAUUCAACGACGAAGAGGAUUCAGCCAUCAUUGAGCGCUCUCGUGCUCGCAUGGCGAAGAAGAGGCUAUCGAAGCGCUGGAUUACACGGCUUGUGUCUUCCGCAUCCAUCUGUGCUCGCUUGCGCCUGAAGAAGAUUGGGCAAUCUUGA